UCUACUAUUUUAUUAUUAUUAUUUAUUUUUGGAAGAAAAUAUUGCACAAUGACCCACACCCACAUUCGAUUAAUUCAUGAGACACCCUUUAUUCUUUAAAAUAGUCUCAUUGAUCAAAUCACUUAACAAAAAGCAUAAAUAAACAAAUAGAUGAGCUAAAAAGAAGUAAAGGGCAGACCUUUGAGAGUGAUAAUGACUUAAAUCGGGCAAUAAUAAAGUUAAACCACAAACAAGGGAAAAGAAUCUAAUCCAAAAGUUUAAAGCACAGAUACAUUUUAGUAAAUUCAUUUGAGCAAUAAAUAAUUGAAAUUAAAAUAAAAAAAUAAAAUAAGAAAACACAACACAACACAACACGACUGUUCUGUUCAGACACACAAAAUACCAGUAACUUCAAGUCCACACAAGAAAAAUUCUUUCAUCUCUAAAAAUCUCUUGUCUUGUUUAUUUUUUCUUUCUUUUCUUCUGACUGUAGAUCUCCCUCAUAGCUCAACCAACCAAACCCAUUAUAUUAUUUUAACAAUAAGACCCAAAAAAGUAGACAUAUUUUCAGAAGAUAAUGCAAGAGGCUGUAGUAGCAGCAGCUGAACCAGAAGCAGAGGAUGAGGAAUCUAAGCUCCACUUCCUCUUCAAUGGCCAUAACUAAGCUCACUCUUAUCUCCCUCUACUACUUGUUUUUCUUAGUUCAACUCUCUACAUUAUCACAAGCUAAUUUUUUUCCAUUGGUUUCGGAGAUUAAGAAGCAAAACGAUGAACAAGACAAUGAACCGUACGUGGGUGUGAACAUAGGCACCGACGUUUCGAAUCUUCUAUCGCCGGCUGAACUAGUAUCGUUUCUUCAAUUUCAAAAGAUAAACCAUGUUAGGCUUUACGAUGCAGACCCAGAUAUUCUUAAGGCUUUGGCCAAAACUAAGAUUCGGGUAAUGAUUAGUGUACCCAAUAACCAGAUUUUAGCUAUUGGGUCCUCCAACACCACCGCCGCCGCAUGGAUCGAUCGGAACGUCGUCGCUUACUACCCAGAAACCCUUAUAUCGGGCAUUGCAGUUGGGGAUGAGGUUUUUACAACGGUACCCAGUUCAGCUCCUAUGCUUCUCCCGGCGAUUCAGUCCCUCUACAAUGGUUUAGUCGCAUCGAACCUCCAUACCCAGAUAAAGAUUUCGACCCCUAACGCUGCUUCGAUUAUUCUAGACCCAUUCCCACCGUCCCAAGCUUUCUUCAAUCAGAGUCUAACCCAGUUCGUUCUUCCUCUUCUACAGUUCUUGUCCAAAACGGGUUCGCCUCUUAUGAUGAAUUUUUAUCCUUACUACGUUUAUAUGCAGAACAAAGGGGUUGUUCCUCUUGAUAAUGCGUUGUUUAAGCCAUUAACACCCUCUAAAGAGAUGGUUGACCCUAAUACUCUGCUUCAUUACACUAGUGUGCUCGACGCCAUGGUUGAUGCUGCUUACUUUUCCAUGAAGAAUCUUAACAUAACAGAUGUCGUGGUUCUUGUCUCGGAGAGUGGUUGGCCUUCAAAAGGGGAUUCCAAAGAGCCAUAUGCAACUAUUGAUAAUGCAAAUACGUAUAAUUCGAACCUGAUUAAGCAUGUUCUUGACCGCAGUGGAACCCCUUUACACCCGGAAACAACUUCGAGUGUUUACAUAUAUGAGUUGUUUAAUGAGGAUUUGAGGUCACCACCGAUUUCUGAGGCUCAUUGGGGUCUUUUCUAUGGGAACACAACGGCCGUUUAUUUGCUUCACGUAUCAAAUAGUGGCACUUUUCUGGCUAAUGAUACCACAAACCAGACUUACUGCAUUGCCAUGGAUGGGGUUGAUUCGAAGACUUUGCAGGCGGCAUUGGAUUGGGCUUGUGGACCAGGGAGAGCUAAUUGUACAGAGAUUCAGCCUGGAGAUGAUUGUUAUUAUCCUAAUAAUGUCAAAAACCAUGCUUCUUAUGCCUUUGAUAGCUAUUACCAGAAGGAAGGGAGGGCUGCUGGUUCUUGUGAUUUCAAGGGUGUGGCCACAAUCACUACCACUGACCCAAGUCACGGGAACUGUCUUUUUCCUGGAAGUAAGAAGUUGAGCAGUAAUAAGACAAGGGAGGUAAUGAACACAACAACACCACAUUCAAGUAAUGCAGCAGGGGACAGAUUACAAUUCAUUGCCUUAACCUUAAGAAGAAGGAGCAAUAUUCCAAUAAUUAGUGGUUUAUUAGUCAAAGAAUUAGUCUCAUUUUUUGUUGUAGCUCUCUCUAGUUUGUUAUUCUUUGAUAUAAUGACUCCAUGCUGAGGCAGAAAAUAAAGCAUUUCUUUUUUAAAAAAAGAAAUAUGUAAUCUAAUGGUAUUUUUCUUGAUGAGCCAGUGUUGUGUAUAAAAACUCUAUUCUUAUUGAGAGUGCAGUAGUGCAGAUGAUUUUUUU